UGAUUUAUAUCUGCGGCCCCCUGGAGAUGUUCCAUAUGAUCAUGCUGCAGGCUCACAAGGAGAAGUUGACCAGUGGUGACUACGUCUUCUUCUAUGUGGAUGUGUUUGGUGACAGUUUACGUUCUGAUGGGAGCAGAAAUGCCUACAAGCCCUGGCAAAGCAACCAGACCCAUGAGGAGGAGCUGAAGGAGGCUUUCAAGACUGUCCUGGUGAUCUCGUAUCAUGAGCCACAGAACCCAGAGUACCAGACCUUCCAGAAGAACCUGAUUCACAGAUGUAAAGAGGAGUUCAAUGUGGAGUUAAACUAUACGCUGAUGAAUCUCAUUGCCGGCUGCUUCUAUGAUGGGGUGCUGCUCUACGCCCAGGCUCUGAACGAGACGCUACAGGAAGGGGGUUCUCCGAAGGAUGGAAUCCGGAUUGUGCAGAAGAUCCAGGAGCGCAGCAUGCACGGAAUCACUGGAACUGUCAGCAUGGACAAAAGCAAUGACCGGAACACAGACUUUGAUCUCUGGACAAUGGCUGACCAAGAGAGCGGUCACUUUGAGGUUGUCGGGUAUUACGAUGGGAUAACAAAGCAAAUUAACUGGACAGGCACACCAAUCCUGUGGCUCAAGGGCUCGCCUCCUUCGGACAGCCCUCCCUGUGUAUUUGAUACAGAUGACCCAUCAUGUGUUAAAACUCCUCUCUCCACAUUUGCCAUGGUGGCUCUUGGCGCUGGGCUCACAUUGCUGAUGUUUGGAAUGGCCAGUAUCCUCAUAAUGAGGAAGCUGAUGUUGGAGAAGGAAUUGGCCAGCAUGCUGUGGAGGAUCCGUUGGGAAGAGCUGCAGUUCGGGAAUUCUGACAAAUACCACAAAUGUGCUGGGAGCCGUCUGACCCUGUCAUUAAGAGGCUCCAGUUAUGGUUCACUGAUGACGGCUCAUGGCAAAUACCAAAUUUUUGCCAACACAGGACACUUCAAGGGUAAUGUCGUUGCCAUCAAACAUGUGAAUAAGAAGAGGAUGGAGCUGACCAGACAGGUCCUGUUUGAGCUCAAACAUAUGAGGGAUGUCCAGUUCAAUCACCUGACUCGGUUCCUGGGAGCCUGCAUCGAUCCGCCAAACAUCUGCAUUGUGACAGAGUAUUGCCCCCGGGGCAGUUUACAGGAUAUUUUGGAGAAUGAUAGCAUCAACCUGGACUGGAUGUUCCGUAACUCGCUAAUCAAUGACAUUGUGAAGGGCAUGUGCUUCCUUCACCGCAGCAUCAUCGCAUGUCAUGGGAACCUGAAGUCCUCUAACUGUGUGGUGGACAGCCGCUUCGUGUUGAAGAUCACGGACUAUGGUCUCGCCAGCUUCCGCUCCACCUGUGAUGCUGAGGAUGUCUAUGCCUUGUAUGCCAAGAAGCUUUGGACGGCUCCUGAGCUGUUACGUAUGGGGAGACCCCCGCCUCAAGGCACUCAGAAAGGUGAUGUCUACAGCUUUGGAAUCAUACUGCAGGAAAUCGCACUGAGAAAUGGGGCAUUUUACAUCCAGGGCAUGGACCUCAGUCCAAAGGAGAUUGUUCAGAAGGUCAGAAAUGGACAGCGACCAUAUUUCCGGCCAACAGUGGACGUCAGCUGUCACAGUGAAGAGCUUGGCAUCCUGAUGGAGAAGUGCUGGGCGGAGGACCCAUUGGAGAGACCUGAAUUCAGCCAGAUUAAGAUGUACAUCUGCAAGUUCAACAAGGAGGGCACAAGCAGCAUUCUGGAUAAUUUACUGUCUCGCAUGGAGCAAUAUGCAAACAAUCUGGAGAAAUUAGUAGAGGAGAGGACACAGGCGUACCUGGAGGAGAAGCGCAAGGCAGAAAAUCUGCUCUAUCAGAUCCUGCCGCAUUCAGUGGCGGAGCAGCUGAAGAGAGGAGAGACUGUCCAGGCCGAAGCUUUUGACAGCGUCACCAUCUAUUUCAGUGACAUUGUGGGGUUCACCUCAAUGUCUGCAGAGAGCACGCCCAUGCAGGUGGUCACCUUACUGAAUGACCUGUACACCUGUUUCGAUGCUAUAAUAGACAACUUCGAUGUCUACAAGGUGGAGACCAUCGGUGACGCAUACAUGGUGGUUUCAGGGUUACCAGUACGGAAUGGGAAGUUGCAUGCACGAGAAAUUGCGCGUAUGUCCCUGGCCCUCCUGGACACUGUGAAAACCUUCAAGAUCCGUCACCGCCCGAACACACAGCUCCAUCUGCGAAUAGGAAUCCAUACAGGUCCAGUCUGCGCAGGUGUGGUUGGACUGAAGAUGCCACGCUACUGUCUGUUUGGUGACACAGUGAACACAGCGUCCCGGAUGGAAUCUAAUGGGGAAGCACUUAAGAUCCACAUUUCUUCAACCACCAAAGAAGUCUUAGAUGAAUUUAGCUGCUUUCAACUGGAACUUCGGGGAGAUAUUGAAAUGAAG